AAUGGUGCCAUCCAGGAUAUCACUAUAGAGAGAUAAUAGAGAUACAUGCAAAUGAGCAUCUUCGGAUCAUCAUGGACACAACCAAUCAAUCAAACCGUUCUGUUAACUGUUGGCAGCGAUAGCUAGCAUUGAUUGAUUGUGCCAUCGAUCGACCUUGGCCGCGCGUAUAUAAGCACCGCCGCAUCCCCAUGAGAUAGCUCCACACACAAAACUGUUGCACUCCACUGCGCUAUAGAUAGCUACGUGCUGCAUUCGCGCGCGUGUGCAUGCAUGGCAGCAAUUGGUAACAUGAAUUUGUUCGACUUGUUCUUCGUCUUGCAGCUUCUCCUGUCAGGAGUAUGCGUGCUCGUCAUCUGCUACCGAUAUCAGCGGCUUAAAUCCAUGAAAAAAUGUAGCCUAGGGGUUGUCCAGUGGCCGAUCGUCGGCGUGCUCCCGGCCAUCGUCGCCAACAUGCACCGCCUCCUCGACGGCGUGACCUUCCUGCUGGCCACGUCGCAGCUCAACUUCCAGUGCCGCUUCUGGCUCGCCGGCUUCCGGUUCUUCGUCACCUGCGACCCGGACAACGUGCGCCACAUCUUCACGUCCAACUUCGACAACUACCCCAAGGGCGACGUGUUCGCCGACAUGUUCGACGUCCUCGGCGGCGGCAUCUUCAACACCGACGGCGAGCGGUGGCGGCGGCAGCGGAACAAGGCCCAGAUGCUCAUGACCACGCCGCGGUUCCGCGCCUUCGUGGCGCGCUCCAGCCUCGACAAGGUGGAGAAGGGCCUCCUGCCUUUCCUCGCGCACGUCGCCGACGCCCGGAAGACGUGCGACCUGCAGGACGUGUUCACGCGGUGGUCGCUCGACGCGACGUGCCACCUGGUGUUCGGCGUCGACCCCGGCUGCCUGGACAUCGGCCUGCCGGAGGUCCCCUUCGCACGGGCGAUGGACGACGUGCUGCGGACGAUCUUCCUCCGCCACACCAUGCCAGUGUCGUUCUGGAAGACGAUGAGAUGGCUAGGGAUUGGGCACGAGAAGAGGAACGCCGCGGCGAGGCGGACGGUCGAGAGCUUCGUCGCGUCGGCCAUCGCGAAACACAGAGCCGAUGACGAGAGCAAGUCCAGACAAGGCGGCGGCGGAGGCGGCGACAAGCAAUCGGUCGCCGACUUGCUUUCCUCCUUCCUCUGCGACGACGAGAUCGCCGGCAGCGCCGACGCCGACGUGUACAUCAGGGACAUGGCGAUGAACCUCCUCGUCGCCGGCCGCGACACCACGAGCUCGGCGCUGUCGUGGUUCUUCUACCUCCUCUCCACGAACCCGCGCGUCGAGCAGAAGCUCCUGCAGGAGCUGGCGCCCAUCGCUUCCCGCAAGCCGCAGCUGCAGCAGGGGCGGCUCUUCCCCGGCAACGGCGGCAUGGUGACGUUCGACGCGAGCGAGGUGAGGAACCUCCUGUACCUGCACGCGGCCCUUUGCGAGGCCAUGAGGCUGUACCCGCCGGUGCCUUUGGAGCACAAGGCGGCGGUCGCCGACGACGUGCUCCCCAGCGGGCACGAGGUGAUGGCCGGCGACAAGGUGCUGGUGUUCUACUACUCCAUGGGGAGGAUGAAGCGGGUGUGGGGCAAGGACUGCAGGGAGUUCAGGCCGGAGCGGUGGAUCACCGAGGACGGCAAGCUGCGGUACGUGCCGUCGAACAAGUUCGUCGCGUUCAACUCCGGGCCGAGGACAUGCCUCGGCAAGGAGAUGGCGCUCGUGCAGAUGAAGGUCACGGCGGCGGCCAUGGCGUGGAACUUUGCCGUGGAGGUGGUGCCGGGGCACGUCGUGGAGCCGAGGCUGUCCGUCAUACUCCACAUGAAGAAUGGGCUCUUGGUAAGGGUCAAGAGAAGAGAGCCAGUGAUGAACACCUGAGAACUGAGAGGAUACAUGCUUAUUAAGUGUGAUCAAUAUGCUAUUACAUGAUGUACAGUACAGAGUUUUAAUUUAUGUUGGUGUCGAGCGUGGUGCUUCAUCUGUACCGUGUGCGGUACGCGAUAGAGGCCUAAAUUUGCACAUUGGUUGCGUCAGAUUUGUAAUGGAAUCCCUCAAGGAUACGAAUUAAUAACUUGGGGGGUGUGUCA